GACUCUGAUAAGCUGCAGCUCAGGUUAAACACUCAGAGGAGUUGAUCUGUCAGACCCUGACCUUUGACCUCUGGCCUCCCUGAAAAAACAGCUUUUCUGUUCCUGUGGGUCAGUAGAUUAAUAUCACAGGUGAUCGAUGCCAUCGCAGCAGCCAUCUCUGGCACCUCGGGCUGCAGCCUGCUGGACGUCGACCCGGGAGCCUCCACCAACCGGACCGUCUACACCUUCGUGGGUUCUCCUGAGGCGGUGGUGGAGGGAGCGCUGAACGCUGCCCGCCAGGCCUUCAGCCUCAUCGACAUGAGCAAACACUCAGGUGAGCACCCUCGCACCGGAGCGCUGGACGUGUGUCCCUUCAUCCCCGUCCAGAACGUCACCAUGGACGACUGCGUCCGCUGCGCCAACAUCUUCGGACAGAAAGUGGCAGAACUGCUGCAGGUCCCAGUUUAUCUUUAUGGAGAAGCAGCUCGGACAGACACGAGGAGGAGUCUUCCCUCUGUGAGGGCGGGAGAGUACGAAGCUUUACCUGAAAAGUUGAAACGCGCUGAGUGGGCCCCUGACUUCGGCCCCGCAACCUUCGUACCGUCGUGGGGGGCCACGGUAACCGGCGCUCGUAAGUUCCUCAUCGCGUACAACGUGAACCUGAUCGCCACCAAAGAACAGGCUCAUCGCAUCGCUCUGGACAUCAGGGAGCAGGGCCGAGGGAAAGACCAGCCCGGGCUGCUGAGGAAGGUGCAGGGAAUGGGCUGGUACCUGGAGGAGGCCAACCUCGCUCAGGUGUCCACCAACAUCCUGGACUACGAGCUGACCCCCCUCCACACCGUGUACCAGGAGAUCUGCAGGGACGCUGAGGAUCUGAACCUGCCGGUGGUGGGCUCUCAGAUCGUGGGUCUGAUCCCCCUGAAGGCUCUGCUGGACUCUGCGGACUUCUACAUCGACAGAGACCGGCUCUUCAUCAUGGAGGAGGAGCACAAAGUCCGGCUGGUGAUCAGCAAACUGGGCCUGGACUCUCUCGGUCCCUUCAGCCCUAAGGAGAGGAUCAUAGAGUACAUGGUGAGGUCACAGGAGGACAGACGGCUGGCGUCUCUGUCCCUGCAGCAGUUUGUUCAGAGCGUCGGAGCCCGGACACCGGCUCCCGGGGGAGGAUCGGUUUCUGCUGCCGUUGCUGCUCUGGGGGCGGCACUGGGGGCCAUGGUGGGUCAGAUGACGUACGGGAAGAGGCAGUUUGAGCACCUGGACGGUGUGAUGAGGAGGCUGAUUCCUCCCUUUCAUCAGGCCAUGAACGACCUGCUGCUCAUGGUGGACUCAGACUCCUCGGCCUUCAACAGCUACAUGGCAGCGCUGAAAAUGCCAAAGAUGACAGCGGAAGAAAUUCAAAGAAGGGAAGCUGCACUGCAGGAGGGUCUGCAGCGAGCUGUAGGCGUCCCACUGGCUCUGGCAGAAAGGAUCAGUGUCCUCUGGCCGUCUCUUAAAGAAAUAGUCAUUUACGGAAACAUGGCCUGCAAGUCUGACGCUCAGGUAGCAGCUAAAGCUUUGGAAACAGCCGUGUUCGGAGCAUACUACAACAUCAUGAUCAACCUGAAAGACAUCACAGACGACGCCUUCACGGUGGCUACUCAGAAGAGAGCGUCUGCUUUACUGCAGGAGGCGAAGGAUGGCGCCGCCGCUGUCCUCAGUGCUGCAGAGGAAAGAAGGUGAACAGAAAGAGUGAAUGUGAAGCAGUGAGGACGGAGCAGCUGGACCCAUAUCAAUCUUCACUGGAAAAAAAGUCCAAAAAUAUUAUUGGUUACAAUUCUGAAUUUAUCCGGACAUUUAACUUGAGAAUCUGAAGCUCAUAAACAUUGCUAACGGCCGAUGGUUCAGUCCUGACUGAGUCACUAAAUGUUGAAAGAGAAACGUCUGCAGGUGUCCUUCACCAGUUUGCCUCCCAGAUAUCAAACCCAAGACCUCAAAAUCUCAGACGUCUGUCUCUCCUCUGGGUGCUGGACAUUUCUCCUACUUUACUAAAUUUUCCUGUAACACAGAGUUUCUGUUCAGUGAGUAAGAGAACCAUUCAAAUCCUGUGAUACACACCAGGUUUUAAAUCCAAUGUCCAAAGGAGAAGAAACAGUACCUCAACAAACACCUCUGAUCAAACUGAUUAGGGAACAUCACGCCUGCUCUGAAGUUUUGAGGUCUUGGGUUUGAUCCUCAGGUCCAGGUACAGGUACAGGUUCAGGUUCAGGUCCAGGUACAGGUACAGGUACAGGUACAGGUACACUGUCGGGCUGUGCUGGUUCUGGAGUGGAUGUUUUGAACCCUCCCUGUUGUUGGUACUUGAAAUACACACACACACACUUUGUAAGCCUAUAGGUAUCAAUUUACCUUUACCAUACAUUACUCAAUUUUUAUUCACUGCAAUAAGAAGACCAUGUGACCACAGCCUAAAAAUAAAACCAAUAAACCAAAA